GUCAAAAAUGUAGUGGGGGCUUAUUUUAUGACACGGUGUCUCAUGUUCAUUCGAUAACUAGCGGCCCGCGUUUUGAAAACACGAUUCCAGUUUAUUAUGUGAACAAACGCCUAAAAAUGGACCCCAAGUCCGCCGCUGUGAUCUACAAAGUGUUUUAUUUAGUGCUAAAUCUUGUCUUCACGAUUUACGAAUUAAUCGAAAACUUUUCCGUACAUUUAAGGAACAAACUGCAUGAACUUCGUCACGAGUUUCUCCCCGUAAACAAACACAGAAGUUUUAUGAAACUCGACAAAAUUCCGACCCACUUGACGGUCCUGCUGGGCUGCGAAGAGCCCUCCUACCAGGAUCUCGCUAACCUAAUUCUUUGGUGUCUGGCGGCUCGAAUAACCUUCGUCAGUUUUUAUGAUUACAAAGGUGCGCUGACGAAAAGCGAAGACAAAUUGCGGUUGGUGGUAGAAGGCAAGAAAAAUUCGACGGAUCACGUGAUCUGGCACGACCGGGUGGACUCGGGGUACAAAAAUGGGUACACGGGGCGCAAAGUGCACGUGAAGGUGCUGUCGAGACAGGACGGAAGAGGCGGGUUCGUGAAGCUGACGAAAGAAUUGAGCGGCGGCGCGGACUUCACCAUCGACAGUUUCGAUCAAAGACUCAAAAAAGACUUCCAGUUUCCGGACCCCGAUUUGGGGGUGUGCUGUGGUAAAACGUUCAGUUUGUUUGGCUACCCGCCUUGGCAGAUUCGAGUGACUGAGUUUCUGACGAUACGUACCCAUCACAAUAUUAAGUUCAAUAAUUUUGUUGAGUUGUUAUCUAGAUAUAAUAAGUGUGAACAAAGAUAUGGCAAGUGAAUGUUAAAUCAGUGUAUGUAAGGCGAAAAAUAUUUAUUCCGCAAAUAAAAUGAAAGUUACAUCA